GCGCCGGCGCGGGGGAGGGGCGGCCGGAUGUGAGCGGAGCGGCCAUUUCCUGUUUCUCUGCAGUUUUCCUCCGCCUUGGGUGGUGGCCGCUGCUGGCCUUCGGCUUCCAGUCGGCGGAGGGCGAGGCGGCGUGCCCCGCGCCCCGGCCCCCCGCGCCCCGCGCCCGCCGCCGCGCGCCGCCCCCCGCGCCCCGUCCCGCGCCCGCCCGCCCGCCGCGAACGCGGCCCCCCGGCGGCCCAGAUGCAGGCCAUCAAGUGUGUGGUGGUGGGAGACGGCGCCGUGGGUAAGACGUGUCUCCUGAUCAGCUACACGACCAAUGCCUUCCCCGGAGAGUACAUCCCCACCGUCUUCGACAACUAUUCUGCCAAUGUUAUGGUCGAUGGGAAGCCCGUGAACUUGGGCCUGUGGGAUACGGCUGGGCAGGAGGACUACGACAGACUGCGCCCCCUGUCCUACCCGCAGACGGAUGUGUUCCUCAUCUGCUUCUCUCUCGUGAGUCCUGCGUCCUUCGAGAAUGUGCGUGCGAAGUGGUACCCCGAAGUACGACAUCACUGUCCCAACACCCCCAUCAUCCUGGUGGGCACCAAGCUCGACCUCCGGGAUGACAAAGACACGAUCGAGAAGCUUAAAGAGAAGAAGCUGACGCCCAUCACCUACCCGCAGGGCCUGGCCAUGGCCAAGGAGAUCGGUGCCGUCAAGUACCUGGAGUGCUCGGCGCUCACGCAGCGGGGCCUGAAGACAGUGUUCGACGAGGCCAUCCGCGCCGUGCUCUGCCCGCCGCCCGUCAAGAAGCGGAAGAGGAAGUGCCUGCUGCUGUGAGGGCCGCGCCGCGCAAUGCCAAGUUUUUGUUACAGAUUAGUUUCCCCACGAGACCCUUGAACCAAUCAGUCAUUUUAAGGCUUUGUUUCAAGUGUAAGAGUUAAAACUUUUCACAUUCUAUUAAAAUUUAGCCCUAAAACGACGCUUUCCUAAAGCCUUAUUUCUCGAGAGCCCCAGUUCUUGCUCAGAGUGUUGCCAAACCCCUCGUGACCUCCGCCGCAUCGCCGAGCCGAGCCGGUGAGCGGGGUGGCCUGGUCUCCCCCAACCUGUAGCUUCUGAAGUUAGGGAACCAGGGUCCGGCCUGCGCCCAGCAGGGUGUGCUGCCCAGGGCCCCUCCCCUCCCCCAUCUCGUACUGUACGGGCGGGUGCAGCCCCUCGGGGUGCCGAGUCCCGAGCGAAUGUUUUGAGACAUCCAAGUGUUGGAGCCUCUGCGGAGUUGGACCAGAACCUUCCCUCCGCCCCCCCCCCCCCCCUGCAGAAUUCUGCUCUGGCCGGGGGGGCGCUGGGGGGUGGGCCUCCUGUGACCCGAGGUGAAGACAGUAUUCCGACAAACUGAGGCAAAGGUGAAUUCACACUGCAUCGUACAUGGAACGAUGAAAACGAAUCAAUGUCCCGGGGAACGUUUCUGCAGGGCGCUGUGUGCAGGGAGGCUACUGUGUGGGCCCCAGCGCUCUGUCCCCUGGCUGGGCCUUCCUAACGCAUCUUGGAACUGGGAUUCCCGUGGCGGCUCAGCCAGCCCCUGCCCUCGAACCUCCCUCGUGAGCAAUAGGCCUCCCUGUAGAACUUCCUGACACUGCGUUACUUCUGGGGUAGAUUAGUGAAAGUGCAUCCCAUGUUUUCCUGAUCCUUUACUCGGCUAACCGACGCUUUCUUAGUUUUCUAGUGACUAGGUGUAAAAAUCAUGUGUUGCAGCUUUUUAGUUUUUUAAAUAUUUUAGAUAUCCCAACCUCCCCGGGCUUCCUAACACUACAGCCGGCCAGCUCCGCACCCUGACUAACGCUGCCCUCUGCCCCUUGGCCACGCUUCCUCCUGGCUCCUUCCACUGUUCCUUUGGGUCUGAGAUUCUGUAAAGACCGUGCUUGUGCUAACAGAGUUUUGUACAACUUACCCACUGGCGAGAACACAAGGUUGGAACUUUCAACCACUAGAACAAAACUUUUUUAAUUGACAAUUGCAGAAUUGUGGAGUGUUUUUACAUUGAUCUUUUGCUAAUGCAAUUAGCAGUAUGUUUUGCAUGUAUGACUUAAUAAAUCCUUGAAUCAGA